AUGAAGGCUGAGGAAGCCCUACCCGAGCUCAUCGACCAGCCCCUCUACUUCUACAGCCAGCGCCAGCGCCAGACUACCCACGCCUACGACACCCUCGCGGCGGUGGUGCCCCAGAGCAUCGACGUCCAGCACGGCCAAGUGCGCCCCCGCACGGUCGAGCUCCCGCACUUGUUCGUCAACUGGGAGGCUCGCGGGACCGCCCUGUGCUGGGUGGGCGAGCAAAACGCGGAGACUCUCUCGUCGUGGAUGAGACCGAAACAGUCCCCGUCCCACCACCACCACCACCACAUCCUCGUUCGUCCCUUCUCCCCGGAGACCGACACCCUCUACGUCCCCGCGAAGCUGUGGGAUGGGUUCAUCCAGGAGAAACGCAAGACGGAGAGUGUGCCCGGAUACCGCGAAGAACAUCCGGGGAGCCUGGUCGGCGCCUUUUUCCGAUGGCGGGGCGUGAAAGUGGUGUAUCUGGUUGUCCAUGAACAGGAAGAUGAGGAGAGACAAUUUGAGAGUGAUGCGAUGGAAGGGAAACAGCCGUGGAGGUUCGAGGUAUCGGAAGCCACGCUGAAGGGGAGGUGGGUUCCAGCGAACCGUGAAAUGGAAUGGGAAGCCAGCGGCAGCAGCAACAACAACAACAACCAAGAGAACGACCCCGACUUGGAGAAACUGAGUACGGUUAUGCUCGGAACCCAGCCUUCGUUGACUGCGCUCUUCAGGGAGUGGAACCCUUCGGUUCACAGGGAUUUUAGGGUCCAGCUUAUACGUGUUACCAGACAGCGUACGUGA